UCAAUAUGCUUCAAAAAAGAACUGCAGCUUCGAUUUUGUUUGACUAAGCAUUAAUUGAGCCUUUCCAGAUUUAGGUCCGACUUUCACGGUUUGUAUUUUUUUUCUUUACUAGAAGCUGGUUAAUAUUUUUAUUUAUUUAACUAGAAGCUGAUUUAGAUUAGAUUUUUAUCGCGCUCUAAUCGACAUUUAAUAUCACAAAUAUUCAGAAUAGUUAAUCUUGUCAAUACUGUCGGAUAGUGCAUGAAGCUAGAGUUGUGGUUUAUCGUGGGCAUGCAAUAGAUGUUUGCUCUAGCUCUGAGAUGACUGCAAAGUUGCACUCAAUCUCAUACGUUCGUUCGAUGAUUAAAAGCGAUGUUAGUUCAGUUGACUUACUUCUGAAGACUGUCAUAGAUUCAAUUUCAAACAAUAAAAAUUUGAACGCCUUCACAUUCUUUGGAGUCCCUGAAGAUGAGCCAAGAAGCUGUUCCGAAUUGCGCCAGGGAAAACUACACGGCGUCCCAUUUGUGGCGAAAGACAAUAUUAACACAGUUCAUUUUCCAACAGCUGCUGGAACAAAAGCACUGUUGUCAAACGUCACUGCGCAUAAUUCUCCUCUGAUAGAAUGUCUUCUAGCGGAAGGAGCAGUUUUGGUGGGAAAAACAGGGAUGCACGAACUGGCGCUUGGAAUAACGAGCAACAAUUAUGCUACGGGAGCCGUGCGCAAUCCCCAUGAUGCGACGCGUAUUCCUGGAGGAUCAUCUGGAGGAACAGCUGCUGCGAUUGCUGCUGGAAUUGUACCAUUCGGACUGGGAUCAGACACUGGGGGAUCUGUUCGAAUCCCGGCGGGGCUGUGCGGAAUUGUUGGGUUUCGGCCUUCGAUUGGUCGCUACUGUUCCGAAGGAGUUGUUCCCAUUUCACCCUCUCGGGAUACAGUUGGACCUAUGGCUAACAAUGUAGAAGACGUAGUCUUGCUAGAUGCUAUUUUGACAAAAGGUCUCAAUUUCAAACUAAAUCCGAAAAAGCUGAGUGACAUGAAGCUUGGAAUCGACCGAAAAGUGUUGACAGAAAAUUUGGAACCAGAGGUUGAGAGUUGUUUUUCUUCAGUUCUUCAGAAAUUGAAAGAGGCGAGAGUUGAAAUUGUCGAUGUAACGAACAAACUCGAGGAAAUUUGGGAAUUCACAAUUGAGUUUAGGAAGACUGUCACAAAUUUUGAAAUGAUACCCAGUCUUAGGAGGUACUUGGAUACAUAUGCUCCUAAUAUUUCAGUGGAACACUUAGUCGCUAUGAUUGCAUCGCCAGAUGUGAAGAAAAGCUACCAAUCAGCGCUGGAAAGGAAUCUAGUUACUCGAGAAAGCUAUGAGUUUGCGCUGAAGCAAACGCUGCCGAAGAUGCGAGAAGUUUACAGCCAUGCAAUUGAAGGUCUCGACGGAAUCAUUUUUCCAACGACUCCCUUGCGUGCCACUAAAAUUGGGGUUGAUGAUCUGGUCGCACUAAAUGGACAGAGAGUUCCGAUGUUUUGGACGUUUAUUCGGAAUACCAGUCUGGCGUCUUGUGUAGGAUCGCCUGCCAUCUCUCUCCCGGCUAGUGUGCGUGGACUGCCUGUCGGAAUAGAAGUAGAUGGAGCACGGAACAAAGACGAAGAUUUAUUGGCGGCUGCUCUCAGCAUUGCACCUCUUCUCUGAUAAAAAACAAACAUACUUGCUAUUUAUGUGUGCUCCAAUCACUGAAAGAUUCUUAGAUUUGAGUAACAUGUUUUUUUUAGAAACCAGAUUACAAAC